AUUUUUGUGACGUCAUAGCGGGGAUAUGAUUAUGACGUCAUCAUUGAGGAGUGCAUGACUACCGGUGGGAACGUGAUCAUCAUCCGAAGCACGCAGAGAUGGCCCAUUCCCCAGUACCAAGCGAGUCGAUGUCCAGUCCAGAUACCAAGGAGCUGGAGGUUCUCCUCCCGGCCUUUCUCCGACAGGCUGCUGCUUUCCAACAGCUGGGUAAAGAACUGGACAACUACAUGAAAGGAUCUCGUAGCAUGAAGACCGUGGUCGAUGGUAUCAACAAGACAGUUACCUCCCUUUGUGACAAGACCCUGCCUCGUUUUUACGAGUUUGCAGAUCUGUUAGAGGACCAAGCUCAGCUAUGGACAAUACUAGAAACAGAUAUCCAAAAGAUGGGGCGAGGUUUCAAACAUUUCGGAGAACAAUUCUAUAUGGUUCUGAAAGCAGUGGACCUUCGAAAGAAAUCUAGAAAAGAGUAUGCCGAUCUCAGAGCCAACUUCCAGAAGCUCAAUGACAGCUUUAUGGUGAAGAAGUCUGACAAAGCCAAGGCACGACAGGCGAUGGAGUUAAAGUUGGCCGAUUGUUUAGACAUUGACCGGUGUUUGGUGGAACGAAUAAAAGAGAUUCAACUUGGACAACGUCAUUUUAUUGCUGACCAGUACAGCAAGUACAUGGCCGCACAAGCCGGUUUUUGUAAGGAUACUCUGCAGGUAUUGAAUAUAGUGCCAGAUAUAUUGAAAGGAUUUUUACCCAAGAAGUCUGCGCGAGCAAAACCGGAGAAAAAGAAGCUCGACCUGCCUGUCCCCAAACUCCCAAAGAAGAAAAGCACAAUAAGGCGAUCAUAAACACGCUAAUAUGAUUGUUUUUUCUGUAUUCAUCCUCUAUUGAAUCUAACAUCAGCCUG